AUGGAACCCAGGCAAGACGAUCAAAGCCUCCCACAGGCAUCGCCCGUCACUUCGACUACUACCACCACUACCACCUCUGGUCCCCAUACUACUACUAUUUCAACCACUCACACGACUCCGGGACAAGGGGCCACGAUACACCACUCUCCAGAGGGUUCAACCACCAUCACUCACCCUACUGUUACUACCACCACCCACAUACCUGCGCCCCAACCUUCUGCCUCACCACCGCGCGUGCACCAAGCGCCGUCAUAUCCCCUGAGACUACGCAGUUCCUCCGUCCGUACCCAGAGAGCUUCACUCCCACCUGAAAAUACUUCACAGACUAUCCAAGAGGCCGAUGCAGCACCAGCUCCUUCAAAUCAAGCGCUAGCUGUCGACGAUGCAUGGCAAGGUGGUCGUAGACGAAGCAGUUCCGAGCCGCGCCCGCCUCCACAAGCCAUGUUCAAUGACGAUGCCCUGCGGCCUCAACUGACAGGAACGUCCCAUUUACAGCCAUUGUACGAACAUGAUACACAAGCUACGGCCCCUUUUUCUGGCAACGGUCCUCCGCAGGCUCAGGGUGCUAGCAACCCACGAAGAGGCCUCACUCGGACGUCUUCAGCCUUCCAUAUGCGUCGAAGCCAGAAGACUCCCCGCCAAAACAUGAUGGGUGAUAAUGUCGUUGACGUACUCGAUGUCAUUGAUCCCGAAAUAUCUACCCUGACGACACUAAACAAUGUUCAAAACUCGUUGUUUAUACCCAAUCUGCCCUGGCUCUACAAUCGCCAGCCUACAUACGAUCUGGUGCAGACUGAGUCUGAGUCAUCCGAUGAAGAAAUGGGCACGGCUAGGGGAGCAAGAGACGCAGAAACGACACGAACGGGCGAAGCAGGACGACCAACGAGCGAUGCACGCGGCGAUGAUGGUGAGUUGCUUCGCCGAAACUCAAUCGACUCGGUUCUGUCCACUAUGGAGGAAGGCCCCGGUCAUCACUAUGCCGUGCUCCCUCACGGUGCUUCCUUGACAGGAUGGACAGACGAGGAGAAGGCAGCUCUCGAUGACCAUGUGCGUCAUCUCCUUCACUCGCGACGCGCAAAGUUUAAGCGGACCAUGAAGGGUUUCGGACGCUACGUCCGCAACCCGCUUGGCUUCAUUGUCACGUUGUACUUCUUCCUCAUUACCUUUUGGGGAGCAGCAUGGGUUCUGUUUCUUAUCGGUUGGAUCUACGUUGGCCACCGACAAGACUAUUUUGUCGAAAUUGCCGACCAGAUUCUUACCGCUCUGUUCUGUGUGGUUGGAAUCACCAUGUUUCCCUUCCGCCUUGUCGACACUUACCACAUGGCUUUUGUCGCUUACUACGCGCACAAAACCUGGAGAAUCCGCAAAGAGAGGGGCCUAAAGGAACUAAAGGACCACAACGAGCUCCCAGCUAUGCCACCAUCUUCUGCCUGGGAAACUGGAGAAGCGCUGGAGGAAGAUGUGGAGACACCUGUGUUGACUGCGGAAGAGCAAAAGAAACUGGAACAUCACCAGGGCAAGUUGGCCAAGUCGCAUACGUUCUACCGGCCUCACGAAACAUAUACACACCAUGCCUUUUCCAUUCGUCUACUCAUCACCAUUAUCGUCCUUCUCGACUUCCACUCUAUGUUCCAAUGUGCCCUUGGUGGCACUACAUGGGGCAUCUACUACAAGAAUCGGCCCAAAGAAGUCACCGCUAUCAUCCUCAGCUUCAGUCUUACAUGCAAUAUUACUGCCGGUAUCCUCAUUGGCCGAGGCGACCGGCGCAGCCGCAAGACACUAGUCGUUGAGCAGAUGCUCCGCCAAGAAAUGACAGAGGAAGCACUCAAGAAGCUGAGGAAGGAACGCGGUAUCAAGGCAAAGGGACUUAUGAACAAGACGGAAAAGAAGCAGAUGGACAAGAAGUUGGGCCAGAGGACCAAGAAUCCCUUGGACACUAUUUUGCAUCGCGGUUAG